AUGGAGGUGGAACAAGGAGGAGGCAGCAAGCCUAAGAGUGACGAUAAGGCCAGCCGGCGUGUAUCCAACAUGACUGCGUGGCAGGUCGAGAAGAAGAGAGCCAUCGAUCGAGUCAACCAGCGGCACUGCAGGGACAAACAAAGAGCGCGGCUCGAUAAACUGGAGAAGCAGGUUGCUGAACUAUCGCAGAAGCUCGCCGAGGCGAACGAGAAGCUGAGCAGAUACGAGUCACAGCUUCCUGUCACUCCUCCAAGUUCCUCUGCCGUGCUUACAUCUCCUGGAAGGAAAGAGGCUCAAAACCAAGCAAUUCCUCUUCUGAAUUCUCUCACCACGUUGUCCGACAAUCACAUCACCGAGGCUGCGUCAUCUCUUAUGUUGGAUCCCCGGUUCCACACCCUACCUCUGGCCUUCGACCUCGGUAUGGCAGUAGAUAUGAUGGACUAUGGCGAGGAAUUUCGCUUUCUUGGCUUUGGCCUGAGCGAUGAGCUCCGCCCUCUCAUAUUAGAAGACGUCAUGGGAACCCCUACUGCGGACAAAAACACAGACAACCCUCCCGGGAAAGCUCCUUCCCCGGAGGGAGACAAGCGGGACGACGGAGACUGGAAGCAAGUACCGCCGCAUACGGAACCAAUGUGCGACCUGGAUAGACUCGUCCACGGCGUGCUCGCUGCCUCCCAGCCAAUGGCAGAACACGGCAACGAGCUCAACGAAGCGACGUUUCCCAGCAUCUCAUCCCUGCUCAACCCAUCCGGAGAGGCGGACAAGUCACGCCCGCUGUCGAAACUCGUCGCGGCUCAGGUUUGGAAGUCAUCUGUUCAAGGUGUGACGGAGAGGAUAGCAUACUUGUAUGUCCUGGCGCAACUCUUGCGUUGGUACCUCCGCCGUGACAAGCAGAGCUACGACCACGUCCCAGACUUCAUGAAGCCGACCCGUCUUCAACGUACUGUCCGGCAUCCGGCGUGGAUAGACUUGGUGAUGUGGCCUGCUGUUCGAGACCUUGUCAUUCAACACAUGGACUGGAACGACUUUCCAAGCUUCCGGAAGCUUACAGGUGGCACUCUCUCCGUCAGGUGGCCAUAUACGGACUCUGGUGCGAUAUUGGAGUCUGCUGAUGGGCGACAUCUUACGCUCAAUCCUAUAUUCAAGGCCCAUAUCCGCAAUGAGAAGAAUUGGACAGUCGGUCCCGAGGUGCAGAAGAAGUACCCUUGGCUUCAGCCAUUCUGUCGAUCGGGGUCAGACUAUUGA